CGGAACCGGACUGACGUUGCACUUGGAAGGAGAUUCGGUUCAGGAAGUAACCGGAACUCGCGGUUCAGGUUCGGUGCUCCGAUCCAUGUGGCAGCUAGACAGUUAGUGGCCUGCUCACUCGCUCAGGGACCAGGGACUCCCGUCGACCGUACCGAGCACAGCUAUACCGUUCAACCGUUCCCGCAAAUGCAAUCGGUACGAUGGCCUCUGUGUAUGGUUCAGUGAGCGACGGCAUGGAGUCAGACAGUGGUGUCCCUGGGGUUCGGUCAGUCGCGUAGCAUAGGACGUGCCGUCACUCCUGCAUGCACCAGCUUCGCGCUGGGAACGGCUUCUGCACAAACAAAAAUAAUCACACACACACACACACCAACACACAUAAAAGGGCUCCGGGGUGCACUCCUCCCACUGGCGGUUAUGGCGUAAGCGAGUAACGAUUCCCAAGACAAGGUGUAAAAGUUUAGACCAGUGCCCACGGUUUGUUUGAGAAGUUUGAGUGACCUCGAAAAGCGGAAAGUCCCUGCAUAGUUUUCAACCGCUCCGCUGUGGCUCCAAGCCACACCCUGCCCUGACCGCAGUCCACCAUGAGCUCGGCGGACACCGACAGUAAUAUGCCCGUGGAUCCCCGGGUGCAGAUUGAACUGGAAAAGCUGAACGAAGCGACGGACAGCAUCAACAAGCAUGAGGUGGACCUGGACGAGGCGAAAAAGGAGUUCCGUGAGUUGCUGCGCGAAAGUGCCGAGAAGAUAAAGGCCGUCGCCAGGAAGGUGGGCAAUUCGAUCGAUGCGGCAAAACCAUACUACGAGGCGCGCCUCUAUGCAUCGCAGCUGGCGAAGGAGACGCAACAGUGCGCACUCAACUUCGACAAGGCGAAAUCGGUGCACGCCGCGGCCAAGGAGAUGGUGUACCUGGCCGAGCAGGGCCUGGGCGAGAAGUCGACGCUCGACACGGCCUGCCAGGAGAUGCUGACGCACGCGACGACCCGCGUGAACGAGAGCCAAAACGAUUGCACCGAGAUGCGCAACAUACUCAAGAUCAGCGAACUGAAGCUGGAGGUGGCCAACAACCGGGUGUGCAAGCUGCAUUCGCAGCUCAAGGGUGCCAUCCGCGCCUCGAGUUUCAAUAUUCGGCGCAAUCUGUUAAUGAUAAACAUGCUCGCGUAUCAGCACGAGUUGCUCUUUUUACCGUACUACGAGCUGCGCGCGAACUACAACGCGCUGCUACUGGAGCAGAAGCAGAAGGUGGUGGAGCUGGAGGCAAAGGUGGCGGUGUCCAAGCUGCGGUAUAACGAGGCCUUGACCAACCUGGAGCGUAUCUCUGAGGAGAUUCACCAGCAGCGAAAGGCGCGCGCCAACAGCAUGGACGAGGAUGGUUCGUGCUCGUCAACGUCGUCGGCCACCAACCACCGGAGCAAGAUGCUGGCGAUGCACCUGCCGUUCAACAAGUCACCGUCGGCCGCGAAGAUCGAGUGCAGCGACGAGUACAUGGAGCUGCCCGCCAAGCUCACGAUCAAGGCGAGCCCGAUCAAGCAGAAGUAUCUCGAUAAGCUCGACUGCCCGCACCUGCUGAAGGACUUUGCUCGCAAAACAAGCCCGAACGCGGAAAGCGACUCCGACAACUACCAGUUCUCGCCGAACCCCACGAUCGACGACAUCACCAACAUGUCGUCGGAGGACAUCGAGCAGUGGACCGAGAUACGGCUGUCGAACUCGAACAGCAGCAGCUCGGGCUACUCGCAGCACAACUCACUCGUGCUCGAGGAAGCGCCCACGCCGCAGGACGAAACGACCGACUCGUCGUCGGACGACAGUCCCAAGGCGAAAGCACGUAUCAUUAAGAUGGAGACGUACGUACCGGACGAUGGGACGACGGUGCCGCGCAAGCGGGAAGGCCUCACCGGGUGGAUCACGAAGACGGGCGGAUCGAUCAGCACAUCAUCGGCAGCCGUGGCAGCGGCGGUCACGGGCGGGGCAGCCAGCAGCAGCGCCGUGUCGGUCGGAGGCCGUCGCCAAAGUCUCGAUAUCAUCAUCGACACCGGUGACCGAGUGAAGGAUGCGUUCACCCAGGGCAUCCAGCGGAUUGGCAAAACGCUGGAGCGGCGCAACAGCGAGUCCGAGGUACCGGGCGACGAAACUGUAGGGAGCGAUUUUUUUCUCUUCCAGCGCUCAGACCCUGCGAAGGAUGGUCUCUCGGAUGAGCAGGUGGAGAACCUUCUUCUAGACCAAGACUGCUCCGAUAUCUUUCAGAAUGUGGUGAACAUAUCAAAAUGAACCGACAAUGCGCUUCGGAGAAACGGGAACCGGGGCCUAAGUCGCGGCGCCAACCGGUAGACGACGUGUAGAUACCGAACUAGUAAGGUGUGGCGACGGUCGGUGGACGUUGUGCCCCGCAGCAACUGUAGCACCACGCAGGACGAAUGACAGUGGCAGCACCGAUGACCGCCGACGGGUAGCUUCUCAGUUCUGGCGCUGCCAGCGAGCAACGUGCCGUGGGAUCAACUGUGAGCUGUUCCCGUGACUGGCACACCGGGACGUUACCCUACCAGAACGGCGUGGUUAAUAGGGCCCGGAUCGCCGACGUUUCGCGUUCUCCAGCUGCACCACUUGUAGUCCUGCGGUUGCAAGGCGGCGUUGGGUAGUGAGUGUAGAAAAGUAACUAAAAAACGACAGAAAAAAUGCUAAAACAUGAAGCAAUUAUUCAUUACAAAAAAUUAAAUAGAACAUAGUAGGCAAUGGGAACCGUGUGCGCGUGAAAAACACCGGCCAUUUGUAAGAGUGUUGUUAAUUUACCAUAGAUUCGCAAUCGCCAGCAAUAAAACGUGCAAAGGCAACAGAACGGUUGUAAAGCUA